AUGUUCCGACCUCAGGGAAUAUCGGACAACCCAAUGGGGAAAUUGCCGCAUCUCCAGGGUAUUGCGCGCAUUCGUAUUUGCGGUGAAGGUGACCAUGAGGGCUUGAAGAAUGUCCCUACCAGCGUCCUCCCGGUCCAAAUUCGUUCACUCUAUCCUGAUGAUCAUGAUGGUGAUGAGGGUGUCUUCGGCUACGAGUCCGACGACAGUUACUUAAUCAAUAUGACUGAGCUAGAGCCGGUGCUCUCACGUCGCCCAACACGAGUUGAGGGAGGCUCCCCUCGUCCAGGGCACACCUGGCUUCAGAAUGUUUCAUUUGAAUCCCAGGAUUAUAGUUAUGAAGCCAAUGACGAUAUAGAUGUGGAUAUCGCCAAUAUCCUCUUGGGCUGUGCGUUCCAAAAAUUUGUCACGCUCAUAUUGAGGAACGGUGGCGCAAGUAAGAAUGCGAAACUUUUCGUCCACGAGCCUUCCAAGGCUGCGCCUACUUUUCUUUUACUAGCUGAUGACAGUAAGCAAGCUCUCGUGAGGCGACAAUAA